AUGGACGUGGACGCGGACGUGGACGUGGACGUGGACGCGGACGUGGACGUGGACGUGGACGCGGACGUGGACGUGGACGUGGACGUGGACAUGGACGUGGACAUGGACGUGGAGGAGGACGUGGACGUGGACGUGGAGGAGGACGUGGACGUGGACGUGGACGUAGACGUGGACGUGGACAUGGACGUAGACGUGGACGUGGACAUGGACGUGGACGUGGACGUGGACGUGGACGUGGACGUGGACGUAGACGUGGACGUGGACGUGGACAUGGACGUGGACGUGGACGUGGACAUGGACGUGGACGUGGACGUGGACAUGGACGUGGACGUGGACGUGGACGUGGACGUGGACGUGGACGUGGACGUGGACGUGGACAUGGACUUGGACAUGGACGUGGACUUGGACGUGGACGUGGACAUGGACGUGGACGUGGACAUGGACGUGGACGUGGACGUGGACGUGGAGGUGGACGUGGACGUGGAGGUGGAGGUGGAGGUGGACGUGGACGUGGACAUGGACGAGGACGUGGACGUGGACGUGGACGUGGACGUGGACGUGGACGUAGAAAUGGAGGUGGACGUGGACGUGGACCUGGACGUUGACGUGGACGUGGACCUGGACGUUGACGUCCGCGUGGACGUGGACGUGGACGUGGAGGACGUGGACGUGGAGGUGGACGUGGACGUGGACGUGGACGUGGACGUGGACGAGGACGAGGACGUAGACGUGGACGUGGAUGGACGUGGACGUGGACGUGGACGUGGACGUGGACGUGGUCACGUGGACGUGGACGUGGACGUGGACGAGGAGGAGGACGUGGACGUGGACGUGGACCUGGACGUGGACGUGGACGUAGAAAUGGACGUGGACGUGGACGUGGACAUGGACGUGGACAUGGACGUGGACAUGGACGUGGACAUGGACGUGGAUAUGGACAUGGACGUGGACAUGGACGUGGACGUGGACGUGGACGUGGACGUGGACGUGGACAUGGACGUGGACGUGGACGUGGACGUGGACGUGGACGUGGACGAGGAGGACGUGGACGUGGACGUGGACGUGGACGUGGACGUAGAAAUGGACGUGGACGUGGACGUGGACGUGGACAUGGACGUGGACAUGGACGUGGACAUGGACGUGGACAUGGACGUGGACAUGGACGUGGACAUGGACGUGGACGUGGACAUGGACGUGGACGUGGACGUGGACGUGGACGUGGACGUGGACGUGGACAUGGACGUGGACGUGGACGUGGACGUGGACGUGGACGUGGACGUGGACGUGGACGUGGACGUGGACAUGGACGUGGACGUGGAGGUGGACGUGGACGUGGACGUGGACGUGGACGUGGACAUGGACGUGGACGUGGACGUGGACGUGGACGUGGACGUGGACGUGGACGUGAACGUGGACGUGGACGUGGACGUGGACGUGGACGUGGACGUGGACGUGGACGUGGACGUGGACAUGGACGUGGACAUGGACGUGGACGUGGACGUGGACGUGGACAUGGACGUGGACGUGGACGUGGGCGUGGAAAUGGACGUGGACAUGGACGUGGACGUGGACGUGGACGUGGACGUGGACAUGGACGUGGACAUGGACAUGGACGUGGACGUGGACAUGGACGUGGACGUGGACGUGGACGUGGACGUGGACAUGGACGUGGACAUGGACGUGGACGUAGACGUGGACGUAGAAAUGGACGUGGACGUGGACGUGGACAUGGACGUGGACGCAGACGUGGACGUGAACGUGGACGCAGACGUGGACGUGGACGUGGACAUGGACGUGGACGUGGACGUGGACGUGGACAUGGACGUGGACGUGGACAUGGACGUGGACGUGGACGUGGACAUGGACGUGGACAUGGACAUGGAGGAGGACGUGGACGUGGACGUGGACGUGGACGUGGACGUGGACGUGGACAUGGACGUGGACGUGGACGUGGACGUGGACAUGGACGUGGACGUGGACGUGGACGUGGACAUGGACGUGGACAUGGACGUGGACGUGGACAUGGACGUGGACGUGGACGUGGACGUGGACGUGGACAUGGACGUGGACGUGGACGUGGACAUGGACGUGGACAUGGACGUAGACAUGGACGUGGACGUGGACAUGGACGUGGACGUGGACAUGGACAUGGACGUGGACAUGGACAUGGACAUGGACAUGGACGUGGACAUGGACAUGGACAUGGACAUGGACAUGGACAUGGACGUGGACAUGGACAUGGACGUGGACGUGGACAUGGCAUGGACGUGGACGUGGACGUGGACGUGGACGUGGACAUGGACUUGGACAUGGACGUGGACUUGGACGUGGACAUGGACGUGGACGUGGACGUGGACAUGGACGUGGACAUGGACGUGGACAUGGACGUGGACGCGGACAUGGACAUGGACGUGGACAUGGACAUGGACGUGGACAUGGACGUGGACGUGGACGUGGACGUGGACAUGGACGUGGACGUGGACUUGGACGUGGACAUGGACGUGGACGUGGACGUGGACGUGGACAUGGACGUGGACGUGGACGUGGACGUGGACAUGGAACGACUUGGACGUGGACGUGGACAUGGACGUAGACGUGGACGUGGACGUGGACAUGGAUGUGGACGUGGACGUGGACGUGGACAUGGACGUGGACGUGGACGUGGACAUGGACGUGGACAUGGACGUGGACAUGGACGUGGACGUGGACAUGGACGUGGACGUGGACAUGGACAUGGACGUGGACAUGGACGUGGACGUGGACGUGGACAUGGACGUGGACGUGGACGUGGACGUGGACAUGGACGUGGACGUGGACGUGGACGUGGACAUGGACGUGGACGUGGACAUGGACGUGGACGUGGACGUGGACGUGGACUUGGACGUGGACGUGGACAUGGACGUAGACGUGGACGUAGACGUGGACAUGGACGUGGACGUGGACGUGGACAUGGACGUGGACAUGGACGUGGACAUGGACGUGGACGUGGACAUGGACGUGGACGUGGACAUGGACAUGGACGUGGACAUGGACGUGGACGUGGACGUGGACGUGGACAUGGACGUGGACGUGGACGUGGACGUGGACGUGGACAUGGACGUGGACGUGGACGUGGACAUGGACGUGGACGUAGACAUGGACGUGGACGUGGACAUGGACGUGGACAUGGACGUGGACAUGGACGAGGACGUGGACGUGGACAUGGACGUGGACGUGGACGUGGACGUGGAGGUGGACGUGGAGGUGGACGUGGACGUGGACAUGGACGAGGACGUGGACGUGGACGUGGACGUGGACGUGGACCUGGACGUGGACGUAGAAAUGGAGGUGGACAUGGACGUGGACCUGGACGUGGACGUGGACGUGGACGUGGACGUGGACGUGGACGUGGUCGUAGACGUGGUCGUGGACGUGGACGUGGACGUGGACGUGGACCUGGACGUUGACGUGGACGUGGACGUAGAAAUGGAGGUGGACGUGGACGUGGACCUGGACGUUGACGUGGACGUGGACCUGGACGUUGAUGUGCGCGUGGACGUGGACGUGGACGUAAUGGACGUGGACGUGGACGUGGACGCGGACGUGGACGUGGACGUGGACGUGGACGUGGACGCGGACGCGGACGUGGACGUGGACGUGGACGUGGACGUGGACGUGGACGUGGACGUGGACGUGGACGUGGACGUGGAGGACGUGGACGUAGACGCGGACCUGGACGUGGACGCGGACGUGGACGCGGACGCGGACGUGGACGCGGACGCGGACGUGGACGCGGACGUGGACGUGGACGUGGACGUGGACGUGGACGUGGACGUGGACGUGGACGUGGACGUGGAGGUGGACGUGGACGUGGACGUGGAAGUGGACGUGGACGUGGACGUGGACCUGGACGUGGACCUGGACGUGGAACUUGACGUGGACGUGGACGUGGACCAGGACGUGGAAGUGGACGUGGACAUGGACGUGGACCUGGACGUGGACCUGGACGUGGACAUGGACGUGGACGUGGACGUGGACAUGGACGUGGACGUGGACGUGGACGUGGACGUAGACAUGGACGUGGACGUGGACGUGCACAUGGACAUGGACGUGGACGUGGACGUCGACAUGGACGUGGACAUGGACAUGGACAUGGACCUGGAGGUGGACGUGGACGUGGACAUGGACGUAGAAAUGGACGUGGACGUGGACGUGGACGUGGACAUGGACGUAGAAAUGGACGUGGACGUGGACGUGGACGUGGACGUGGACAUGGACGUGGACGUGGACGUAGACAUGGACGUAGAAAUGGACGUUGACGUGGACGUGGACGUGGACGUGGACGUGGACGUGGACGUAGAAAUGGAGGUGGACGUGGACGUGGACCUGGACGUUGACGUGGACGUGGACCUGGACGUUGACGUGCGCGUGGACGUGGACGUGGACGUGGAGGACGUGGACGUGGAGGUGGACGUGGACGUGGACGUGGACGUGGACGUGGACGAGGACGAGGACGUGGACGUGGACGUGGAUGGACGUGGACGUGGACGUGGACGUGGACGUGGUCGUGGUCACGUGGACGUGGACGUGGACGUGGACGUGGACGAGGAGGAGGACGUGGACGUGGACGUGGACGUGGACGUGGACGUGGACGUAGAAAUGGAGGUGGACGUGGACGUGGACCUGGACGUUGACGUGGACGUGGACCUGGACGUUGACGUGCGCGUGGACGUGGACGUGGACGUGGAGGACGUGGACGUGGACGUGGACAUGGACGUGGAUGUGGAGGACAUGGACGUGGACGUGGACGUGGACGUAGAAAUGGACGUGGACGUGGACGUGGACGUUGACGCGGACGUGGACGUGGACGUGGACGUCGACGUGGACGUGGACCUGGACGUUGACGUGGAUCUGGACGAGGACGUGGACGUGGACGUGGAGGACAUGGACGUGGACGUGGACGUGGACGUGGACGUAGAAAUGGACGUGGACGUGGACGUGGACGUGGACCUGGACCUGGACGUUGACGUGCACGUGGACGUGGACAUGGACGUGGACGUGGAGGACAUGGACGUGGACGUGGACGUGGACGUUGACGUGGACGUGGACGUGGACGUGGACAUGGACGUGGACGUGGACGUGGACGUGGACGUGGACGUGGACAUGGACGUGGACAUGGACGUGGACGUGGACGUGGACGUGGACAUGGACGUGCACGUGGACGUGGACCUGGACGUGGACGUGCACGUGGAGGUGGACGUGGACGUGGACGUGGACGUGGACCUGGACGUUGACGUGCACGUGGACGUGGACCUAGACGUGGACGUGGACGUGGAGGACAUGGACGUGGACGUGGACGUGGACGUGGACGAGGACGAGGACGUGGACGUGGACGUGGACGUGGACGAGGACGUGGACGAGGACGUGGACGUGGACGUGCACGUGGACGUGGACGUGGAUGUGGACGUGGAGGACAUGGACGUGGACGUGGACGUGGACGUUGACGUGGACGUGGACGUGGACGUGGACAUGGACGUGGACGUGGACGUGGACGUGGACGUGGACAUGGACGUGGACCUGGACGUGGACGUGGACGUGGACGUGGACGUGGACGUGGACCUGGACCUGGACCUGGACGUUGACGUGCACGUGGACGUGGACGUGGACGUGGACGUGGACGUGGACGUGGAGGACAUGGACGUGGACGUGGACGUGGACGUUGACGUGGACGUGGACGUCGACGUGGACGAGGAGGAGGACAAGGACGUGGACGUGGACGUGGACGUGGACGUGGACAUGGACGUACACGUGAACGUGGACGUGGACGUGGACAUGGACGUGGACGUGGACGUGGACGUGGACAUGGUCGUGGACGUGGACGUGGACGUGGACGUGGACGUGGACGUGGACGUGGACAUGGACGUGGAGGUGGACGUGGAGGUGGACGUGGACGUGGUCAUGGACGUGGACGUGGACGUGGACGUGGACGUGGACGUGGACCUGGACGUGGACGUGGACGUGGACAUGGACGUGGACGUGGACAUGGACGUGGACGUGGACAUGGUCGUGGACAUGGACAUGGUCGUGGACGUGGACGUAGACAUGGACAUGGUCGUGGACAUGGACAUGGACGUGGACAUGGACAUGGUCGUGGACAUGGACAUGGUCGUGGACGUGGACGUGGACAUGGACAUGGUCGUGGACAUGGACAUGGUCGUGGACAUGGACAUGGACGUGGACAUGGACGUGGACAUGGACAUGGUCGUGGACGUGGACGUGGACGUGGACAUGGACGUUGACGUGGACAUGGACGUGGUCAUGGACGUGGACGUGGACGUGGACAUAGACGUGGACGUGGACGUGGACAUAGAUGUGGACGUGGACAUAGAUGUGGUCGUGGUCGUGGACGUGGACGUGGACGUGGUCAUGGACGUGGAUAUGGACGUGGACGUGGAGGACGUGGACGUGGAGGACGUGGAGGACGUGGACGUGGAGGACGUGGACGUGGACGUGGAGGACGUGGACGUGGACGUGGACGUAGACAUGGUUGUGGACGUGGACGUUGACGUGGACGUGGACGUGGACGUGGUCGUGGACGUGGAGGACUUGGACGUUGACAUGGACGUGGACGUGGACGUGGACGUGGACAUGGUCGUGGACGUGGACGUGGACGUGGACAUGGACGUGGACGUGGACGUGGACGUGGAAGUGGACGUGGACGUGGACAUGGAUGUGGACGUGGACGUGGACGUGGACGUGGACGUCGACGUGGAGCUUGCGUGGUCGAGGAGCGUGCCUGGUCCAUGGGCUUGCGUGAUCCAGGAGCUUGCCUGGUCCAGGAGCUUGCUUGGUCCAGAAGCUUGCCUGGUCCAGGAGCUUGCCUUGUCUAGGAGCUUGCCUGGUCCAGGAGCUUGCCUCGUCCAAGAGCUUGCGUGGUCGAGGAGCUUACCUGGUCCAGGAGCUUGCCUCGUCGAAGAGCUUGCCUUAUCAAGGAGCUUGCCUGGUCCAAGAGCUUUCCUGGUCCAGGAGCGUGCCUGA